UGUUUUGCAAAACCUGUCUACUUUUUUCUUGCACCCUUGUCUCGACAAACUCAGAAAUAACCCGCUGCUUGAAUCCAGAGAAUGUAAGCGUGCCACCGAGGUCUCACGUGUUAAUUGCGGUUACUUUCUGACAUCACUAGCGAGAACAAAAAAAAAACGCCUCGCUCUUUCUCGCAAGGGAGGUUGCUACCAACAAGAGUGAGCGGAAAAACGGUGCCUCGGGGAAGAAGGGGAACGUAUUUGGAAGCGAAUAUUGAAAGCUGCAUGCAACAAAGAAACACGCCGCCGGAUUAUCACUUUAAAAAAAAAGUCUACUCCUUAGAAAACUCUCUCUUAAAUCACCUUGUGCACCCACCUCUCUCCCUUCAGUAUGACUCGACUCCGGUUUAAAGAUGCCUUUUGGUGUCCAGAGUUCACCAGUUACGUCGGACACGAGGUCUUACUGGAGCGGUUACGGGAAGGCCGAAAGAUCUGCAAGGACAUGGAGGAACUUCUGAAACUGAGGGCAACAGCGGAAGAAAAGUACGGAAAGGAGUUGAUGAAUAUUGCACGCAAGGCCGGGGGGCAAAUGGAGCUAAAUACCCUGCGACUGGCCUUUGACAGCCUAAAGCAACAGCUGGAAAAUAUCGGAAACCUACACAUUCAGCUGGGUGCUGAGCUAAAGGAGGAGGCCAGGCGACUGGAGGAUUUCCGAGAGAGGCAGAAGGAGACACGGAAGAAGUUUGAAAAUUGCAUGGAACGUGUGCAGAGGGGCAAAGUAACAUUUUACAAGAAGACUAUAGAGUCAAAGAAAUACUACGAGCAGAAGUGCAGAGAGGCAGACGAGGCAGAGCAGAGUUCGGACCGUGCAAAUGCCACAGGAAACCCAAAGCAAGUUGAAAAGUGUCAGAACAAGGUCAGGCAGUCUCACGAGUCGGCAGGAGAUGCGGAGCAAGUUUAUCAACAGAAUAUCGACCAACUAGACAAGGUUCGACAAGAAUGGGAACAAGAACACAUCACAACUUGUGAGGCCUUUCACCAGCAAGAAUGUGACCGGAUCAAUAACCUGAGGAACUCGUUGUGGGUUCAUUGCAACCAACUCUCCAUGCAGUGUGUGAAGGAUGAUGAGCUGUACGAGGAGACGAGGAAGGUUUUGGAGAUGUGCGACAUUGAUGCAGAUAUAGAUUGCUUCAUUCAGAAGAAGAUGACUGGGUUGACUCCUCCUGCUCCCAUUGAGUAUGAGAACUACUACCACAAACUAUCUGCUGGCGAUAACCAACCCUUGAGCUCUUCCAGGAACGGUGGGAUGAUGAAAAGAUACUGUCCUAACUUUUUGCAUUUGCCCUACAGGAUUACUAAUCUUUUGCCCAGCCACAUUUCCAAAUCCAGCAGCAACAACUCAGUCAGUGCCACUGCACCACCCCUUGUAGCAGAAGAAUUGUACGCCAGUGUAGCUGUUGGACAGGAGGAGACCCCAAACAACUACAGAGUGCUCUACGACUACACCGCCCAGAAUAGCGACGAGUUGGACAUUGCCGCCGACGACAUUAUCCAGAUCACCGACGUGAGUGAAGACGGGUGGUGGACAGCAAGCCGGAACGGGACGAGUGGCCUCGUCCCCAGCACCUACUUGGAGAAAGUCUGAGCUCCAAGGACGGCACAAAUCCAGCUGCACGUCGAUUGAAGAACAGGGAAACUUGUCGUAGCGGUCGAUGGUGGCCGCCUGCUGCUUUGUUUUAACGUUUACGUGAGGUGAUUGGUUACAUG